CUUAUUUUCAUUCGCGAAAGAAAAUCGGAGGAGCAAAGUUGGUGUUGUGGUUGGUUCACUUUUUCUCUGCUCGGUGCGUUGAAAUUCCGCGUUUAGUGGCCACCGUCGGUCUCCGAAUCACGUCUCCGUUCGGUAGUGUCGAUCCAGGGCAAAAUCCGGAACAGCCCGCCUCCGUUUGAGGUGGAAAUUCGUCAAGUGUUUUGAUUGCGUUUGAAGAGCAAAAAAAAACUAAAAAGUUGAGAAGAGGAAAAAGUGUUGCGUUCGGAACGGGACCCACAGCCGGAUCAGGUGUCGGAGAGCGGAGGAAAAGAUGGACGUAAAGCAGUGAAAGAUUGGCCCUUUCUUCCCUCCACCGUGUGCCGUAUCGUUGGCCCACUUUUACUCCGUUUGGCUGGGAGGACCUCUCGUGAACCUUUCUUUGUUGUCUGUCACCGUCCUCUCGUUUGAUUGAGGACACGACCGGGGAGGAAGCCCCCGAGGGAAAGUGAAGGAGCAGCAGCAAGCGAAAAAAAAAACAACACUCGAAAAAGCAAAAGGACCAGACUGGUUUCAAAACAAAGACUCGCACCCGCAUAGCUUUAAUUAGUACCACUUUUGACUGAAUCUCUGGAAGCAUCCGGAUCGCGCAGAAAGAUGGAAUCGUGUGCCGCCGUCGAGAAGGAGGUGGACAAAGUCAUCACCAAGUUUUCGUCCAUCAACGAGCACUCGCAGCGGGUGCUGUCCGAUGUGACCACCUUCAUCGAGCAGCUGCGGAAGUCCAUCGCGGAAGGUCCCGGGGACGAACAGCUGACGCCGGGCCAGGUCGAGCUUCUUCACACGGCCAUCGCCAACGCCAAGGACAAGCUGCAGCGGCUGACGACGGACCACCGGGACCUGCACGGCACGGUCAGCAAGGUGGGCAAAGCGAUCGAUCGUAACUUUGUGGGGGACUUUACGGCGACCUCGCGCAACGAUGUGUUCCAGUCGGAGCGGAACGUGGUGCUGCUGAACAAGAUCAUGGCGCAGCACUUUUACCGCCAGGGCAUGGACGACGUCGCGGACACGUUGAUCCGCGAGAGUGGCCUGCCGCAGGAGGAAAUCACGCCGGAACCGUACGCCGAGCUGCACCGGAUAUGGGAAGCGAUUCACGAGCACAACUUGGUCCCGGCGCUGGAGUGGGCCUCGCGGUACUCGGACGAGCUGGACGCGCGCCACAGCACGCUCGAGUUCAAGCUGCACCGGCUGGCGUUCAUGCAGAUCCUCAACGGCGGAAUCCACGCCCAAACCGAGGCCAUCUCGUACGCCCGCACCAACUUUGCCAAAUUCGUCAAGCGCUUCGAGAAGGAAAUCCAAAUUCUGAUGGGCACGCUAAUCUACCUUCCCAACGGCAUCCAGAACUCGCCGUACAAGUACCUCACCGCGCCGGAAAUGUGGGUCGAAGCGGCCGACGUGUUCCUCAAGGACGCGUGCACGCUGCUCGGCAUCAACAAGGACUCGCCGCUGUCGGUCGUGGUGAACGCCGGCUGUACCGCCCUGCCAGCCCUGCUCAACCUCAAGCAGGUCAUGAUGUCCCGCCAGGUCACCGGCAUCUGGAACGGCCGGGACGAACUGCCAAUUGAGAUCGACCUCGAUCCGGAGAACCGCUUCCACUCGAUCUUUGCGUGUCCGAUUCUGCGCCAGCAAAGCUCGGACGACAAUCCGCCGAUGAAGCUGCUGUGCGGGCACGUCAUCUCGCGGGAUGCGCUCAGCAAGCUGAGCAACGGACCAAUCCUCAACAAUACUUUCAGAUUAAAGUGUCCGUACUGCCCGAUGGAGCAGUGCCCGUCCGACGCGAAGCUCAUCUACUUCUAAAAGAAGGAAGGACGUCGUCGUGAGAGCUGGGAAAGAGCAUGAAAAUUAACCUAUUUUAUCGUGUACUUGUGUGUGCAUCGGAUCGCUUCCAGUGGGUGUGGGUGUGCGUCGCAAAGUGUGGGACGAAAAAGUUUUAAGCAAAAAAACUUUAAAUGAAAUUAUGAGGGUAAAUUUACACUAAACUAUAAAUAUAUCUAUUCAGAGAGAGAGCGAGAGAAGGAGUGAAAAAAGGUUCAAUUAAGGAAAACCAUCAUCUACGUUAAGGCGGACUGCUGUUGAAUGAACGAGAAAAAGAGAAAUUGAGAUAGAGAAACUUGGAAGGAUAGGCGACCGAGCAUGAUUCGUACUGAUAAACGAACGUCACAUUGUGUUUAUUUUAUUUUUUGUUUCGUUGGAUUAAACCUUAUCUAAUCAUCCUUAUUCCCCCUCCUUCGCCGCGCACAUAUACAAGAAAUAUCAUUCGCUGCAAUUAACAUAUUUUUUUCUUGUGUUAGAUUUAGAUAGUUUUUUUUCUUCUUCCUAUUUUUUUUGAUGAUUGUUUUGUUUGUUAAUCAAGAAGUCUAUACGCGUAAUAAAACAAUAGAGUGAAACCGUGAUGAGUUCACUUCUUGAUAAAUAGUUUUACAUUAUACACCUAUCUAAAUAUAAAAAAAUAUAUUAAAAAAUAAUGAUGAAAAAAAAGAACGAAUGAAAUAUGUGUGUGUGUUUGUUGUUUGUUUGAAAGGAAAAGGCGGUGUUAGUAGUUUGUAGAAGAUACAAAAUAAAUGAAUGCAUAAAAAUUAAAAAAAAAGAAAAGAGAAAUAAAAAACUAGUGGGCUUGCCACUGCCGAUAAAAUGAAAUGAAACGAUCAAUAAAUGAUUUACAAUUUUUACAUACACUCACAGCAGAGCGAAAAAUAGAAUACACAAACUUAUGGAAAGAUGGUAAAACACGUAUAAACACAGGAAAUAGAUGGCAAAAAUAGAGGGAAGUGGAAUCGCGCUAGCCUGUAUUGCGAUGAUAAACAAACAAUUACACACACUACAGAGAAAGAGAAAUAUGAUUGUGAAUCAUUGUAUGAGAGCAAAAGAAAAAAAAACAACAGAUAAACGAAAUUGUAAAUAAAGUUUUCUUGACGAAUAAAAGUAAACAAGUAAAUUACAUGAA